GGCGGCGGCGAUGGCGGCGUCUCCUCCGGGGCUGGCGGCGCUGCAGCGGGUGCGGGAGGCUCUGCGCGCGGAGCUGGGCGAGCUGCGAGGCGGCGAGAGCCGGGAGGGCGCCGGAGGCUUCGAGGCCGGGCGCUUCUGGGAGGCCCUCGAGCGAGCGUUCCUGGCCGCCUCGCAGGAAGCCACCAAGCUGAGCCUGGCCUUCUCGAGACCCCCGCCGCCUUCCCUCCAGGAGCAGGAGAGCCUGGCGGAAGGGGUGCACAGUGCUGUCCUGGCAGCCGCCUCUGCGUAUUACCAGCUCCCCAAGGGCCAAGGGACCACCCUGCGCAGAGCAGUGCGUGAUGCCACGGUGCAAGUAGUGGAGGGGAUGAUUCAGCUGACAGAGGUCAUUCUUCGGACCCCCCUCCAGAGCCUCUCACGGGAGCAGCUUGUCUCCACGGGAGGCGUCUGGGAGGCCUGCGACCAAAUUUCCAGCCUGCCUCGAGAUAACCAGGCGGCUGUGGCCCUGGCCAUUUCCCAGGCUCUGGGGAUUGUCAGAGACGCACAGGAGGAGAUGGAGCAGGCGCAGAUUGAAGGCGGAGACCCGUACAGCGAUGUGCUGGAGGACGAGGACUUGGGCUCCCGGGCAAACAGGGACACUUACUGGUCGGCGGCUGACCGGCAGCUGCUUGGCCCCUGCCUGGGGCUGGUGAAGGCUGCCAAGAUUUGCCUGAAGAAGGUCCUGGGGGCCGUCAGGAGCCACGGAAGGGCCGACGUGGCAGAGCAGGUGGCGCAGUUAGACGACCUGGCCGACAUCGCAGGAGACGUUAGCCCCAGUGUGGACGAGCUGGUGCUGAGCACCUACCCCCCUGUGAACCAGUUGGCUCUGCGGCUGAAUGCUGCAAAGUUGGCGUCUGUGCUAAAGAAGAUGCUGGAACUGACCAGGGCCAGCCAUGUCUGCCCUCCGUCAGAAGAGAGCUGGGUGCAGUUCCUGGCUGGGGCAGUUGACCACAACAUGGACAAAAUCAAAGACCUCACCCAGGGGCUCCUUUGAUGGGCCUCCCUGUGGGAGGGGUGCUGGACCCUUGGGUGCCUUCUGUGGCUGCCUGCAGAAGAGAGAAGAGGGAGGAGGCAGGACUCCUGCAGGACCCCAUAGCUGCUCGGGGGGGGGGGGCAAUAAAGUCUCCCCUGCGCUUGUGCUGGCUGGGCUCCUGCACUAGA